AUGUCACGCAGGGCGUUCUCGGUCAUACCUGACGCAGAAUCGCAAGAGUGGCACUCUGAGAAGGAGUAUGCAGGCGUGUUCAGAUUUCGAUUUUGGAGAUUCGGCAUAUGGAUUGAGGUUGUAAUUGACGACCUCUUGCCUACAAGAGGAGGUAAACUACUUUUUGCCAGAUCGAAAACUUCAAACGAGUUUUGGUCAGCUCUUCUUGAAAAAGCAUUCGCAAAGUGA